AUGCCCUCAAGACGACCCGCCAUCGAGACGCGCCGGUCAACACUCCACUACGAGACCUUCCCAACCAUCCCCCCUAGAAGUCGCGGUCAUCCUCCAUCCAACUCACCAGCUCGCAAUGAUGGCACUCGUUCAGAAGACAGUCGCACCCAUCGCGAGUCGCCCCUGCCGACGCGCCAGCUUAUUGUGCUGGCCGUCAUAGCGCUAGCAGAACAGACGGCACUCAACUCGAUAAGCCCAUACCUCCCGGAGAUGACCAAGUCUUUCCCCGAGGUAAAAGACGGCCAGACAGGACUAUAUGUUGGGCUGAUUGCCUCGUCGUUCGCGUUGGCGCAAUUCACCACAAACUUCUUCUGGGGCUGGUUGUCAGACAAGAUCGGACGGAAACCAGUCAUCAUAAUGGGAACCUUCCUGACCAUGUGCUGCUUCCUGGCAUUUGGCUUCUGCAGAGAACUAUGGCAGGCCAUACUUGUGCAGGCGCUCAUGGGCUUUGUCAACGGCAACUCGGGCGUUGUGUCGACAUGCUUGGGCGAGAUCACGGAUCGAAGCAACCAGUCGCGCGCCUUCACCUACCUCCCCGUCGUCUAUGGCAUCGGUGGCAUCACUGGGCCUAUCGUGGGCGGACUCUUGGUCAUGUACAAGAAUCCUUUCGCUAACAGUGAAGCGAACCCAUACCCGUACCUCCUCCCCAACCUCUUUUCGGCCCUCGUCCUCGCGAUAGACCUGGUAGUGUGCAUGCUCUUCUUGGAAGAGAGUUUGGAAGAGGCAAAGAAUCUGCCGCCAUUAGGCAAGAGGCUAGGAAAUCUGUUUUCGUGGAUGUGGCAGUUUACAAGCUCGUCACGACCGACCUACGUGCGCCGCCUGUUUGGCAAAAAGAGCGAUGAUGCACAAAACAUGGAUGGUGCAGAGGACGAUCUGGAUGAUGAUGCGUCAGAUAGCUCAGGCGAGUCUGCGCCUACGCUCUUCCCGCAUACCAGCGGCGAAGAGCUCUCACGCAAGGAAAUCCUGAACCGGGAUACUAUCCUGCUUUUAGUGACUUACUUCAUAUUCCAGUUGGCGAAUAUCUCGUACAACUCUCUAUACCCUAUAUUUGCUGAAGAGCAGCCACCUACCGGACGUGGCUUAAAACCCGAGGCUGUCGGGUUGUCCUUGUCCUUCGCAGGUGCUAUCACAAUACUGUUCCAAGUAGGCAUAUUUGGCAGGCUCAGAGGCAAGCUUGGCAACAAGAUGGCUUACAGAGUCAGCCUAGGCUUGUUCAUUGCAGCCUUCGGACUCAUGCCUUGGGUAGGUUACAAGGAGAGCCAGCCAUACAAGGGCAUUGGCUCAGGUGCUGGCUGGUUGUGGUUUGAGCUUGGCGUAGUGCUGGUGAUCAAAACGAUUGCAGGUGUCGGCGGCCUGACAGCUGCACUUCUUAUGAUCACGAACUCGGCACCGAACCACAACGUCCUCGGAACUCUCAAUGGACUUGCCCAGACUCUCUCCGCCGCCGGUCGCGCAGCUGGUCCCUUCGUUUCGGGCUCACUUUUCACAGCAGCCACCAAGAUCAAGCCCAAAGGUGAAGCUUUACCAUUCGGCAUCUUCGCUGGCAUCGCGCUUAUAGGCUUCCUUUUGAGCUUCGGCAUUCGUGGAGAAGGCCUUGAAGCAGAGGGAUGGAGCGACGAAGAAGAAGAAGAGGACGAAGAGGAGGAGGUUGGCGACGACCUGAACGAACGUACGGGUCUCAUACGGAAAUAGACCAAGAAGAACGUGUACAUAGCAUAGUACGGCUGCAUGGCAUAAGCAUCCUCUGGACCUGGACGGCCAGCAUGGCGUUUGUGAGGCGUUUCUGUACAGGCUGAGUCUACAGCUGAUACCCGUUUAUCAAGGAAAAAAAGAAAAA